CGACACGCAGGAAGCGACGUACAACGCGGAUCACGUGAUCGCGAUGGCCGCACUGCAGCCACGCGCGAAAAUUGUUGUUCUCACAGAACCGAUUCCCUCAAUUGUUUCCGUAAAUGAAAUGAAACCCACGCGUCAAGCGAAGCGCCUUAUCGCGGAGUCUCUCUUUGCUUGCUUGCAGCCCGUGGCUAUGCGUCUCUCUUGACCUGGCGUCCUGGGAGCUCCUCUCAUUGUCUCCCCGUCCCGAUAGGCCCUUUCACGUUCCUUACCCUGGUGGUCUUUCAUGGUUCUCCGCGAUAACUCUGGCCGGACGAAUUCUGGCCGGACGGACUCGGGCACCUCAAAUUUCUCUGCGAAUGCUGUGGAGAGCGGCGUGCGAGCGCCACAGCGGCGCAUGCGCGAUGUGAUGAGCAGUGUCUUCACGGGGCCUGUCUCUCGUCCUCUGCCUCGCGAGCCUGAUAUAGAGGCUGUACCGCGCGAGCCUGAUAUAGAGGCUCCGCCGCCGACGCCCCGACCACCGCUGCAGGAAUGGAAGCCGCUGCACAUCGAGAAACGCCCGCACCAGUGUUGCAAGCACUGUACCCGGAGGAAAAGAUGGUCGGAAUGGGUGUUCGUGGUCGUGGUCAUCGUGCUGCUGUCAUUUCUCUUCGGAAACAUCGUCGCGCUGAACUUGGCGACCUUUGGCCGCAGGCAAGCCUCACCGACGUCCACGGCAGCCUCUGGGAUGUCAACGGGUUCUGGUGGCGCGAACUCGACGAGUAAUACGACGACCCUGUCCGCGAAUGAGGCGCUGUGCUUGGCCGAGUUCAGCAUCAAUGCGCCGGCAAACGCCCAGUCAUAUCCGUGCUCGACGUGCUUCUCCGUUCUCCAAGGCGUGCCGUCCAGCUACCUGGACGCGAAUGCGAACGACGCGCAGGGCAUCCGGAACGCGAUACAGUUCUGUGCACUGCAAAGUAUAUUCGUAGAGGCAGAGUUCAUUGGGCAGGCCGUGCUGAGCGAUGGAGGUUGGAUGCAGAAUGUCAACUUCUGCGCUUGGAAUGGAGUGAGGUGCAAUACGACCGGACAAGUGACCACUCUGGAGCUUAUUGCUCCCGCAGUCCCGACUAUCAUUCCCAGCGAUAUAGGCGGGCUCACGGGGUUGCAGACUUUGAAGAUUGUUGGCGACUCUGAACAGCCAGCUGGAUCUCUACCGAACUCCUUCGUCAACCUCACCGCGCUGACGACGCUCGAGCUUGAAUCCACCGCUAUUGGGACGUUACCUGACGAACUUUUCGUCUCGCUCAAGAACAUCACCACACUCUUUUGGGACAAUAACGCAAAGAUGGGGUCAAGUCUGCCUUCGAGUAUAACGGCACUCAGCCUCGAAAAUCUCGUAGUAACGAACCAAGACCUCACCAAUCCGCUCUCUACGCUAUCCAACAGCCCCUCCCUCCAGUCCUCGCUCAAGCUCCUGAAUCUUUCCGCGACGAGCAUCGCGGGUCCCAUUCCCUCAACCAUCUCCAAGCUCGCCUCCCUCCUCGAAUUAUUCCUCAACGACAACCGCCUCACCGAUCCGCUUCCGAGUGCAUUCCCGGCGAAGCUCGAGGUUUUUAACCUCGCAGACAACGCCGCGUUGAGCGGGACAGUGUCCGGCUCCUUCUGUUCUUUAGGCGAUCUGCAGCAGUGCGAUGUGCAGGGCACGGCGUUGACACCUGCUGGCAGCUGCAGCGUCUGCACGUUCUCUUCAUGACACGACUUGUUUGUGCACCUGGUGUGCGAUAUACAUAACGCUUUGGGACUCUGGAAGCUUUGGACUGUUUGUUGAUAGAGUGUAGCCAUAGUUUUCGCAUAGAUAGGCCUACUUCGUCUUCUAAUCUGUGGUAAUGUAUUCGCUUCGAUAGUGUACAGUAGCAGCCGCUUUUUGACACGAGAUGUCUCAACUGUCGUUUCUUGCUAUGAUAGCAUAUAUACAAGUUGAUGGUCACCGGCCAAGGAAAUGCUGUUGCAAGUACCGAAAAAAAAAGUGAAAUUAUUGACAGACGCAAGGAUCGAAUCCGACAGGUGCUGUCGUGAAAGUACACGUACAGUCUCUACAUUGUCCCAGCCUCCUAGUAUCCAGCAGCCCCAGGCGCAGCCUCGCCCUCCCUCUUCAGUCGCAAGAGCACCUCCUUGAACCGCGAGAGGUCCGUCGUGCCGG